AUGAAGACUCAACAGUAUAUUAUAUUUUGUUUCCUCACAUUCUACUUUAUUGGUGUAUCCUUCGCUCAACUUGCAAAAUGCGCAGAACCUGGAUGUCCAGCAAAUGGAGUUUGGGGAGAGUGGAAAAAUGAUACGAAAUCAAUUUGUAAUAUGACGUGUGGAGGCUGUGGAACUUCAUUUCAAACUAGAGAGUGUUUGAGUACACCGGUCUGUAAUUGCACUGGGAAUUCUCAUCGUUACAUCGGUUGCAACUUCGGAGCCUGUGAAUAUCCAACUCAAAAAACCUGCUGUCCUCCGUAUCUUCCCAUGGUCAUUAAUGGUGUUUACAUGUGUGGUCCAGUACCGAAAACCAUCGAAUCAACUGCCUGUUGUCCUCAAACAGAUUUGUUCUCCCCGUGGACUGGAUGGCAACUUUCAGACAGCACGUGGAGUCGAACUAGAAAAUGUAUUGCUGAAUCUAUUGGAUGUCCUUGUACAGCAGCAUCGACUCAAACCCAAACCCAACCUCCGUGCAGUCAACCAGGGGAUGCUACAGAAUAUUGUAAGAAUAUACCAGUAGGGAGAGCUGUAAAACACCAAGACCUCGUUAUGAAUGAUGGAGAAGAUAGUGCUGAUCUCGUUAUGAUUGGAGAAAAUCAAGAUGGAAAUACAUAUUGUCAACUUUUGACUGACAAAUAUGGUGCAGAAAUGGAAUUUGAAGGAGUACUGCUUAUAAUGCAAGACGCUUCGGGAGUAUGCACAACUGAUACAGUAUUCGAUUGCGUAAAUGGUACUGAUGGUGAUACCAAAAGACAGAAAGCAACGUUCACAUGCAAUGGAACUUCUGGAAAUUGGAUUUAUGAUUUCACUGGAAUGGAAAUUAUUCGAACUGUUAUUGGAUCAUGGGUCUGA